UCACUUUACCUCAGCUGAACGUCGGACGGAGUUUCUGUUCGGCGAUCGCGGAGAAACAGACCUUACUAUUGACCUAACUGGAAGUUCUGGACAAAAAAACAGGGAUAUUAAGGAACAAUACACUAUUUAACGAUGGAUUUCAUGGUAAAACACGUAGUCGGCGGUCAGCUGAAGAACCUGACAGGAGGUCUGAAAGAAGAGAAAUCUGACAGAGACAAAUCCGACGCCGCGGCUAAAGGAAUGACCCAAGAAGAGUUAGAGCAGUACCAACAACAGCUGGAGGAGGAAAAGCAAGAGCGAGACGCCAAUUUUGCCCAGAAGAAGGCAGAGAGGGCGACUGUCAGGUCUCACUUCAGGGACAAAUACAGGUUGCCAAAGAAUGAGCUGGAUGAGACUCAGAUCCAGGCGGCAGCAGACGACGUCGAGCUCCCCACCGAACUGGCCAAGAUGAUCGCCGAAGACAACCAGGAGGAGGAACAGAAGCAGUCUGUUCUGGGUCACCUGACCAACAUCCAGAACGUGGACAUGGGCCACCUGAAGGGCAAAGCUCAGGCCACGCUGGAGGAUCUGAAGAACUCGGCGGAGAAGUGCUGUGUCAUGUGAUCUCGAUGCAUCCUCACACCUGGAAGCGUUUCUUCUCUCCUCACCCCUUUAUCUCCGCCAUCUCACACACACACACACACAAACUCACUCUCACACACACAAACAAAC